AUGUCAGCUCAAAACCAGCAGAAGACCUGCCUUGUCACAAUAGGCGCUACCGCCUCUUUCGCCGCCUUGGUUGAAGCUGUUCUGGACCCGACCUUCCUGUCCGGCCUUGAAGCGAACAACUACACCCAUCUUCUAAUUCAGUACGGCCAAGACGGUCAGCAACUGUUCGACGCUUCCCUUCAGCGCUCACUCCAAUCAAACACUCCAAGCAGCCUUCAGAUCUCCGGCUUCCCUAUCGACACUUCUGGCCUGAAAUCGCAUCUGCUCCUCGCCAAAGGCCACGCAAAUCCUUCUGCUACUCCAGGCGUGGUGAUCAGCCACGCAGGCUCUGGAACCAUUCUCGACUGCCUCCGCAUCUCCGUUCCGCUGAUUGUGGUGCCUAAUAGCGAGCUUCUGGACAACCACCAGGUUGAGCUUGCCGAGGCGUUGGCGGAGCAGGAAUACGUUGUCCAUGGGCGGCUGGAGGAUCUGACCGGCGCCCUGGGGGAGGUGGAACAGAUACGGGAGCGGAUUGAGGGGAAGAAGUGGCCACCCGUGAACAGUGGGGUGCAUCGGGAGGCGAGGGGUUUGAAGGGGGUGUUGAAUGAGGAGAUGGGAUGGCUGGACUGA